AAAAAUUGGUAAAGAUAAUAUCCAUCUUACAUUUCUUGUUAUUCCUACUGGUGCAUUUUUUGGGUACCAAAGUACGCCCAAUGGAAUUUCAAUUUCUAAAAAUGAAUCUGUUGACACAUUACGUACUAAAAUCUGGGAUUACUACUUUAAUAAGUACAGAAAUAUUUCCUUUAAUCUUCGUGUAGUCGAUAUUAAACGUAGUGAAUAUGUGCGUAUGGAACCUGAAAAAAAAAAUAGCGAUUAUUUCGAUAAAAGUUCUACCGGAAUCUCGAUUCAUAUUCUCGUAGAAGUAUAA